GCACGCUGACAUGUCAUGCGUUUACAGAAUCAUGAAGGUCCUGCUGGUUGUGCUUCUGGCCGGAGCGGCCUCCGCCUUCGUGGAGAGGCCCGAGUGGGAGGCCUUCAAGCUGAAGCAUGGCAAGUCCUACGCCAACCCCAUCGAGGAGUUCUACAGGAUGAAGGUGUACGCCGACAACAAGGUCAAGGUUGCGCAGCACAUGAAGGAGUACGCCGAGGGAAAGCACACCUUCACCCUGGCCCUCAACAAGUUCGCUGACCUGACCUCGGAUGAGUUCGCCCGCGGCUUCAAGGGACUGAAGAUCGGCAGCACCGUGCCCCACGAGACCCACAAGGUGUCUGGCAAGGUGAACGCGGCUGAGGUGGACUGGCGCGGCUCUGGUGUGGUGACCGGCGUCAAGGACCAGGGCCAGUGCGGCUCGUGCUGGUCGUUCUCUGCCACCGGCUCGCUGGAGGGUGCCUGGGCCCUGGCCGGCAACUCGCUGGUCUCGCUCAGCGAGCAGCAGCUGGUCGACUGCUCCACCGCCUACGGCAACGCCGGCUGCAACGGCGGCUGGAUGGACUCGGCCUUCCAGUACAUCCGUGACAACGGUGGCAUCGAGGCCGAGGCUGCCUACCCCUACACCGCUCGCGACGGAUACUGCAAGGCCAACGGAAACAACGUCGCCACCCUCCGCAGCUACGUCGACGUCCGCUCCGGCAGCGAGAGCGCCCUGCAGGACGCCGUCGCCAACGUCGGCCCCGUGGCUGUCGCCAUCGACGCUUCCCACUUCUCCUUCCAGCUGUACUCCGGCGGUGUGUACAACGAGGCUCGCUGCUCCAGCAGCCGCCUGGACCACGGUGUGCUGGCCGUCGGCUACGGCACUGAGAACGGCCAGGACUACUGGCUCGUCAAGAACUCGUGGGGCGCCAGCUGGGGCAUGGACGGCUACAUCAAGAUGACCAGGAACUCCGGCAACCAGUGCGGCAUUGCCACCUCCGCCUCCUACCCCGUCGUCUAGGUGUACUUCCAAUGUUUCGUGAAUAAGUUGAAUGCAGCGAUGCUGUUUAGUUUUGUUCAGUUACGCUCCAAAGUUAACCUUCCUUUAUGAUUUAACAUAUCCCACUCAUUGAAAGUGCAAUAAAAUUUAGAACUCAGUG